UGAUACGGAUGGUUUCAGGCUCAGUCUACACCCCUCUGUAUAGCUUUAAACCAAACAUGUGUAUAGUUUUAAACCUCAGUGUUGAACCACCUCAUAUACCAUGCUGGCACUGCUCUCUCGCCUUGGACUUUUAACCUGCGGGAGAUUUUCUUUGCCUGCCCAGCCUACCAGCCUACUGGCUCCAGGAUCUCUUUCUAGCAUGUACGCCACACGUCUUUACAGUGGUGGAGGAGGUAAGCCCGGUCGCCGCGUUGGCCUGAUGGGCUCAGGGCAGGCCAUGCUGGAGAACCACCACCACCACCCCCUUCCCCCGCACCAUCCUCACAUCCCGCCACCCCAGAGCUUUCCUCACACGCUCUACCAGAGCCGCAUGGAUGCUCACCGACCUUACUACCAGCCUCAACAGCACUACCAUACACACCCGCCAGCCCCUCAGCUUCCCCCGCCUUAUUACCAGCCCCAUGCCCACAUGCACCACAGCAAAAAGAAGACCUGGAACUUCAUUCAUGAAAAGAUGAGCUAUGACACCUUCUUCACCAUGAAGCGACUCAUCGACCGCUCACGCAGCGUGGACGAGGUGCUCCGCUGGGUCACUCAGAACCCAGGCAAGAUCUCGCACAACCACUACCCCAUUGCACUGCAGAAGAUCGGCCAGCUCCUGGCACUCCAGCAGGCUGGAGGGGUUGGAAGUGGAGGAGGGAGCAGCGGGGUUACUGGAGAAGGUUCUCCCUCUGUUGGGGGCUUGAGAGACGGUACUACCAGACAGAUUGUGGAUCUACCAGACUUCCAGAUGCUUUGCGAGGCCAUCGUUAACGACUGCUCUAAGUUUGACAACUUCAGCAUUGUGAACUGCCUUUAUGCAGUGGCUGCUCUUGGGCUGCCCAGCGACUCUCGGAUUGUGCAGGUGCUGGAGGAGGAGUCGCAGGGACGUCUGUCCCAGUUCAACCAGAAGGACAUCUCCAUGGUGUUCAGCAGCUGCAUGAAGCUGCACCCGUCCAGCCAGCAUCCGCUCAUCGAGUCUUGCCUUUCAGGCCUGGAGAAGAACAUCGAGCGCGAGCGGCACCCGCAGACGCUCUUCCUGCUGCUCUCGUACUACCGCACCAAGUGGCGCACGCUGCAGGCUGCCGACGGCGCCUCUGCCGAACAGCUGAUGGUCAACCGAAAGAUCCUGCGCCUGGUAAAGCACACGCUGGCCAGCGUCAGCUGUGUGAGAGACCACGAGAUGACCCUGCUGGAUGAAAUGCUGGCGGCCUGUGCCCGCGAGGCCAGCAACAAGAGUCUUGAGCUUAUCUUCAGCUCACAUCUCUUCUAUCAGAACAGGCAGGAGAAGUUUAUAAGCAGCCUGGCAGAAGAGCUACCUAAAAAGGUCGACAGCAUCACCCCCUACACCAUGGCCCUUAUUGCCAAGUAUAUCGCCCGUCAUCGUCUCAGAGAGACUCAACUACUCGACACCAUCGCUGAAUUCUUGGUUAAGAAGGGCGAGUACUUAGACAGCAAGGUGAUCCAGAAGCUUGUUUUUCCUUUCAGUCGCAUGAGUUAUCGACCGGCAAAUGAGGCACAGUUUUUCUCCAAGCUGGAAAUGGUGCUGGAGAUGAAGGCUCUCAGCUCACCUCUGGCUACGGUCAACAUCCUCAUGUCUCUCUUCCAGCUGGGCCAUUUCCCUGUCCUGGUUCUUCACCGCGUCUUCUCUCCCUCCUUCAUCAGCAACGUCACCAACAGUCCGUACGCUCUGAUUGUACGCCGGUAUUUGUCCCUGCUGGACGCUGCGGUGGAGCUCGAGCACAGAGACUACACAGGGCCUCGACUGCAGGAUUCACACAAAGUGCUCAUGUUCGACCAUGCACUCACUGCUGACGAAGUGAACCGUAAAUACAGUUACAAAGGUCUGGUUGCCGAGGCCCUUCGGCAGUUGGUUGGAGAACACGGUUACAAACAGGAUGAAGUUUUACCUCCUGGAUAUUACACAGACUUUCUGCUGUGGAUAGACCACGUAGGCCGCGUUCUCCCAAUCAGAGCCGGCUCAGCCGCGGUCUCGUUAACAACAGACUCUCCAUCGUGCACACUCGUGAAUCCUAAAUUAGCGGAAGGUUCCAGCUCUGUCACGGCUCUGACCUCUGACUUUCAGAAGUUCUCGCCCUUCUCUCAACCCCUGGAGGAGGGGGUGGACAAGCAGCCUGAAGUGGAUUCCACCUUCAUGCCACAACACUUGCAGAGAGCGGGCACCAACGGUGCGGUGCCACUGGACUACAGUCCCUACUAUCCGAGCUCGGACUACUACGCCAGCCUGGCCAAGGAGCACUCGCUGGAGAGCCAGGACAGCUCCACACUGAGCAGCCCAUCAGAGUGUCUGGCUCAGGCUGGGUCGGCUGUUCAUGGAGCGACCGCACCCCAGGACUCACUUUUCCAGUUUUCUAUUGGCAAGAUUUUGGAGGACGAGGCAGGUGCCUCCAUCCCAGUGGGGACAAAUUUGAGACCAGAUGGCGAUAUAGCACCGUUUUAUGAAGGGGUGACUUAUGAAGCAGGAGAAAGCGAUGCAGUGACUGCUGCGCCAAUCCAGCUUCACUCAGCAAAACCCCCCGAGAUGCAGAGGAACACAGAGAACAUCAAAAGGGUGAUCAUGUCAGUGAACGAUAAGUGGCACUACUGCCACAACUCUGAUGUUCUGGUGGGCUCCCGGGCUAUGAGAGACCGCCACUUGCAGCUGCUAGGCUACGUUAUUCUGCAGUUGCCGUACCUGGAAUUGGAAAAGCUGAACGGGAUAGAGGAAGUGAAGCAGUAUCUGCACAAGAAGCUUCUGGAGGUUCCUUUAUGACAGUGGAAAAUCAGAGCAGUCUAAGUGGGCACGACUGCGAGCAUGUGCAACCUACACGUUCAUCAGGCUUUAUCGUUUUGCAGAAUGGAAGACCCAUGAUUGUGUGUGUUUGAGUGUGUAUGAGAAAGUGUGUAUGAAGAAACAGUCCUAUGUUUUAGGGCAGGUUGUGGUGACACUGACCCACAAGUCAGUGGGUGGGUGUCUCGGUUCUUAGCUAAAAAAAAAAGCACCUCUGGACAAAAUGUAAAAUUGAUUGGAAUACUGAUAUCACUGAAUUAUCACACAGCCAGAACCUGCUGUACCUUUCUGCUGCUGAGGUAAUAACCAGGUAGUUGCUGUUAAAGGUUAAAGGUAAAAAAUUCACCUUAUUAAAGUCCUAAUAUAACUGCUUAAAACUAGUGUCAUAGUGCUGUUGUGAAUUGGCCUUACAAGCCAACAACAAUUUUUACACAUGCUUAUUGAUCAUGUCAUUGAUUAUCAAAACAAAGUCAAAAAAAAAUUUUGACUCAACAAUCAUUUCAACCAGUAUGAAGGCAAAGCAGUUAGAAAACUAUUAUAAACCGUAUCACCUUAUUUCUGCAGGUGCUUGCAAUCCAUUUUGGGCCAGAGGCGUAGCUGAAUUCCAAAAACCUACGUAAUCCGUCUUUAAUCAGAUUUUGUUUUGUAUUUUGUCCAGAUUUGGUGUCUCAAAGUUUUCAGUUCUUGAUUUGCUAACAGGACAUACGUAAUACUAUGUUACGCAUUUAAAAUACUGUCACGCUCACUAAGAUCCUUGUGUUUUUAUCUCCGUUGUUGGUAAUCUGUCUCUCUUUAGUUUUUGAAACCAGUUAGGGGGCAGGUACAGGAUGGACACUUGGAAUCUGCUUUGUUGUGGUUGUUUAGGAUGAAAGGUGGCUUUUAUGGUAAACAUUUUUGUUAGUCUCUCUUAAAGUACAGAUGUGAGAACAGUUUUGUUGAGAGUAGAACCAUUGAAGAACCAUUUGAUUCCUAAAUAACCAGUCCAGUUGAUUCUUUUUAUGCCACAAAAGCCCUUAACAAUGAACAAUAAAUACAUUUAAACAUUUAUGAUGGAAAAGAUGAUUUAGUUUAUUGUAGCACAUCAGUAAAGGUUCUUGGAGGAACCAAAAUAAGAACUGUACAGGAUUACAAUACAGUGAUUAUAUAUCAUUGGGCUGACCUGAAUAAAUUCACUAAUAAAGAGUCUGUCAGAAUGACAAUGAAUGUACAGAGGAGACGAAUCCUUAAAGAAGAGCGAUAUAUAUUUUAUUUUCUCAGAGUUUGUUGGUCUAUUUUAUCACUUAAAGGAACGCAAAGCGAUGCACUGUGUACUAAAAAAUAGUACUUAGAAUGAUGGAUGAAUAAUCCAUUCCCUUAUGUUGUCAUAUUGCUGUUUAACACUUAUGCAUAACUUAUGCAGUGUCCCUUAUUUCAAAACUGUAAUUGAAAGAUGAGCAUGACUUACUGGGUGGAACUUUUUCUAAGAGACGGACAGUUUAGGUAAAAUACUACAGGUCUUAUCAGCAAAAGGUUUUUGUUUUAUAAUAGUUUAGUGCACAUUUUGGAGAAAUGUUUUAAUGGUAUUACUACAUAGAUAGUUUUCUGUGAUCUGGUUCUCAUCAUGGCACUUUGACUGUGUGCGUUUGCUUCGCUGUUGUAUGGGAGAAUAAAUUAUUUAUUAUGGCAGGUGUUGCUCCGAAUGACGGUGUGUCUGUGUUGGGUCGUAAGCGGGGAAAUCUGGGAAUAUGUUUAUACAUAAAAAUGUAUAUCAGAUUAUUAUUAAAAAUUAAAAACAAUGUGA